AUGACUCAAGACUCGGACACAAUACCGUCCACUGCACCAGCACCACCACAACUGAACCUCGGUCUUGCACCUUCAGACACUCCACCUCUCAACUCACCUUCCUCGGACACCAGCGCCGUGGCGAGCGAAGACGAUGUCCCGCGAGCCUCGCGCCUGCAAGUACGACCACGACUAGGAAGCCGAAAGUCUUCCGGCACAAUGAUAGUAUCACGAGACGAUGCCACCCGGGCCGUCGAGUCUGAUAUCACAGAAGACGAUGUGCGAGCCAUGUCGCCGCGGAGAAACAGUGAGGAAGUGGCUAGGUUGAGUGAAAGGGCGCGACAGGAUUUGAUUGAGCAGGCGAAUACGCUGCAGACGAGUCUACAGGCUAUCGUGGAUCGAGUGGAGGAGGUGAAGAGUGAGCAUGAGAAGCUUGAGGGUGGGAACAAGUUCUUGCAGUCAUAUAUUGGCGAGCUUAUGGCCACAUCAAAGAUCACAUCCUCAUCCUCCUCAAAGCGCGGCAAGGGACGCAAAUGA